GCAGCGAUGUGUACAUUAUAGCCAUGGCGGAUCUGCUGGUGAGCUUCGUGGCUGGCAUCGCAGUGUUCUCCGUGCUGGGAAACAUGGCGUACGUUCUCGGCGAGGAAGUCUCCGACGUCGCCUCGGCAGGCUUCGCUCUGGCCUUCAUCACGUAUCCAGAGUCCGUGACCUUGAUCACGUUCCCACACCUCUGGGCCAUCGCCUUCUUCGCGAUGCUCUUCUUCCUCGCCGUGGACUCUGAGUUCGGCUUGGUGGAGGGCGUCCUGACGCCCCUGAAGGAUGCUUAUCCUGUCAUGCAGGAGCACCUGACGUUGAUGGGAUUCUUAAUCUGCACCUUGGGCUUCAUCCUGGGCGUUCCCAUGACCACCAGAGGUGGCAUGUACAUCCUGAAUCUCCUGGACACGUACAUCGGAGGCCAGAUGCUCUUCUUCAUCGCGGUGUUCGAGUCCAUUUCGGUGUCCCUGAUUUACGGCGUCCAGCGGCUGUCCUUGGAUAUCGAGUUCAUGCUCGACAGGGUCCCGGGAACGGCGGUCAGGUUCUGCUGGCAGUUUGUCUGUCCCAUAGUCCUAACCGUCAUCCUGACGACGCAGCUGUUCACGUACUCGCCGAUGACGUUCGGCACUUACGUGUACCCGCGCUGGGCUCAGGUCGUCGCCGUCGUGCUCGUGCUUGGACCCGUGAUCAUCGGCGUCGCGAUCGCCAUCCAUCACCUGCUCAGCUGCGGACUGGACUUGACCAAAGCACUGCAGCCGAGGUCGACGUGGGGUCCCAGAGACCCCGACACCCGUCGCGAUUACGAGAAGUUCCUCGCACUACGCGGCUACAGCACGCCCGCGCCGCCGGUGCUGCCACUGGAGGCCCCAUCCACGCUCAAUGUGCUGCUGCCCUUGGUCCCCCUGGAGGUGGUGCCACCACCGCCGGUUGUAUGGCUGCCGCCGACCAUGCCCGGAACAGCGCCGGGAGAUGCUGUUAUUCGCCAGCCCUGA